CCCACCGCUCGGUUGCGGGGCGAGAGGGGCGAAGCCCCCGCCGAGCCCAGCCGGGCAGCGUGACGGGGCGAUGUUUCCCCUGUGGAAAGCCGUUCUCUCCGAGAGCCUCUUGGGCUAUAUUUCUUGGUCUCUUUACCAUGAACUGCCACCGAUGAUCUAUUACUUCCCCCUUCAGACACUGGCACUCACGGGUCUGGAAGUUUUUGCUGUUGCCUUCUUUUCUCCAAUACUCUUGAUAAUUGGCCCUUUUUGGCUGUUGGCUAACAAUAAGUACAUCCUAGCCCUUCUGAGACUGACUAUGGUUGGAAGCUUAGCAUCAUACCAGGCACCAAACGCUUCAAUUAGACUAUUCGUCUUGGCUGCAGGUGUUUCUUCCUCAUUGCUGGUUCAAACAGUAACAUGGUGGUCAGGAAACAGUUUACAAAGGUUCCUCAGGAUAUGGGGCUUCAUGCUAGGCAAGAUAUUGCUCCUUGUUCUUCGCAUCUGGUAUACGUCACUAAACCCAGUCUGGAGCUCACAAGCUGCUAAUGCUGUCAUACUGGGACUUGGUUUUAUAGCAGCAGUGGAGCGAAUUUAUUCAGGUGGAGACAAGAGGAAACAAGAAGCAAACAAAACUGGUAAUGCAGUUAGAGAGACUGUUUCCCACUCUCACUGGCUUUUGUCAGGGGUAGCUUUUGGCAGCCUCAUGUUCCUCACCCUGUGGAUAUUUGGGGAGGUCUCACUAAUUUCUAGAUGGGCAGUGAGUGGACAUCCACAUACAGGUCCAGAUCCUAAUCCAUAUGGAGGUACAGUUCUCUUGGGCCUGGCACACGGACUGAUGCUGUCAUUUUGGAGCUGGUCUUCUGUCACCAGUUUUGUUUGGUUUCUUGUAGGUUUAGCAUCCUCGGCUGGUCUCCUUUAUUUACACACCUGGAGUGCUGCUGUUGCAGGCAACGUUCUUGCUGUCUUUACCAUGUGUGUGUGGCCUCAACUGGCCGGACGCUUCGUUAGCUGUCUGCACCCUGGGAAAGCCAUGACUACAGCCAUGCUUGCCUACGUUCUUGAAUUAUUCUUCUGUGUGUGGUGUACAGCUUAUAAAUUUGUACCUGGAGGAAUUUACGCUAGAGAAAGCUCCCAUCUCCUUUUAGGGUUUAUCAUGUUAUGUAUCAGGGUAGACUUUCUAACAGGACCCAAGAAGGACCUCAGCUCUGUCUUUGAAGUGAAAAACAACCAAAAGGCACUAUUCAAAAAGAGUAAAAACUAUAUUAAACUACUGUUGUGGCUGUUUGUUGGUGUUGGUUUGCUGGGAUUGGGUCUACGUUACAAAACUUACCAGAAGAAGUUGGGCCACGGGGUUCCAAAAAGAGACUUCUCUGCUAUGAUCUGGCCUUUUAGAUUUGGUUAUGACAAUGAAGGAUGGUCUAAUUUGGAAGGAUCAGCUAAUUUGCUUAAUCAGACAGGUGCAGAUUUUAUCACUAUUAUAGAGAGCGAUGCCUCUAAACCAUUCAUUGGGAACAAUGAUCCAACAAUGUGGCUGGGAGAAAGACUAGGAUUUUACACAGAUUUUGGUCCAAGCACAAGAGAUCACACUUGGGGGAUUAUGGCGCUGUCGAGGUACCCAAUUGUAAAAUCUACCCAUCACCUCCUUCCCUCUCCAGAGGGAGAGAUUGCACCUGCCAUCUCCAUGACCGUCAACUUCACAGGGAAACUGGUUGAUUUUGUUGUUGCCCACUUUGGAAAUGAAGAAGAGGACUUGGACAGAAAACUCCAGGCUAUAGCUGUUUCAAACCUAUUGAAGACUAGCUCUAAGCAAGUUGUAUUUCUAGGAUACAUCACUUCAGCUCCUGGAUCCAGAGAUUACACUGAAUUAAUAAAAAAUGGAAAUGUGCGGGAUAUUGACAGUACAGAUCGUGACAGAUGGUGUAGCUACAUUAUGUAUCGUGGAGUAAUAAGGUUGGGCUAUGCCCGCAUAUCUCACGCUGGUUUAAGUGAUUCAGAAGUCCAGAUGGCCAAAUUUAGGAUCCCAGAUGACUUGGAUAGCUAUGUUGACAAUGACAGAAUUGUCACUGAUCCCAGCCAAGUUCCUGAGGACAUCCAUUUCAACCCCAGGUCAGUUUGGAUCUUACAAAGAUGGACAUAAUUAUGAGCAUAUUCAUCACUUUCAUAUGAGCACUCCGAAAUAUUUUAAACAGACAAAUUAGAAUGAGAAAAUAACAUGUCACUGGGACCAACAGGAAAGGUUUGUUGCUUGAAACUGAACUGGCAGCCAAAAAGCCUACAUUGUUUAAGAAUGAGCAACUCCUGUUCUGCGUAACACCCUGAAUGUCGGUGUAACAGUUGGUGACUCUUUUCUUUAAUGCGUUGUUGUCUCUGUGAGAGAGGGAAGAUACAUGCUUUUUGAUAAACUGGUAUCUACCCGGGCUGGAUGCCCGCUUUGUCCGCAGCAAAGCAAAGGCAGGGACUUGCCUUGGUAAUACCUUCCACUUUUUGGAAGGUAUCGUAUAUUGUGCUGUGUCAGACUUGGAUGUAUCUGUCCACCUUUUCUUUAGGAUCUGGAUGUGAUCCCUUUCCUCUGCUGGGACCUCACUGGAACAAUCACAAGCAAGGAGUUUCAGCUGACACUUCCACACGUUUUUGAUGACUGAAGCAAAGCAAAAUAAUGUGGUAGUGCAGGCAUCCUGUUGAUAUAUGCUGCACUUUGUAGUCCUGCUGCUAUUGCAAUGAAAAGUUUAGCCUCAGGUUUUUCAAAAUGGGAAUUAAAAAGUGUAUUUUCUUUUUUUUUAUCGGGAGGUAUGCAGCAAUUAUGUGUUUACGUGUGCAUUUUUGACUGACUGAAACAGUGUUUACUACUUCUGCUGUUUCACGUUGUGUUCUUAAAUGAGUUUUAUUAAAACAAUUUGCAGUGCUUGAUGUUCAUAAUACUGGAGAAAAGGCGGUGACUUUUACAGACUUACCUUUUUUUGACAGGACUGCAAUGCUUUUACAAAGGGAUGAGUAAAGUCCCUCUGAAUAGUUACUGUUAUGAGACACUUAAUGUGAACACACUGCAGAAGAAUUAAAAACAAUCAUGCUCAACAUGACAGGGUUUCUCAGCAGGGAGAAAAGUUGUUUGUAAUUUUUAUUUAAAAUGAACUGUAAUAAAACAAAAAUGAAUUGUUCUUUUGCUAGCACUACACUUUUUAGUGGGACUAAAUAGAAAUGGGUCUUUUUUUGAUUUAGGCAGUAGAUUACCUACUAUGUAACACACAGAUAUAACACAGUGUAAAACAUUGUGUUUUCUCUGCCUCUCUUGGCAAUGUCUUUUUUAUUUAACUCCUGAUCCUACAAUGCAUGUGCAGAGCUUCUCUUAAACAAUGAGGACACUUUCAGUGCUGGCCAAUGGAAGUUUCAUGCUUGUGAGAAACAUGUGAGAUGGUUUAUUUAAAUAAACCCCUCAACUUGGAA